AUGACAUUUCCACAGCUAGAGUUUAGCCUGGAGAUGCUUCUGGAACAACUGAACAAGGAUGAAUUAAGGAGGUUCAAAUAUCUGUUAUCGUUCCAUCCCCUGCAAGAUGAACUACAGAAGACCCCUUGGUCUGAGGUGGAAGAGGCCAGUGGCAAGAAACUGGCAGAAAUUCUGAUCCAGAAAUCUCCCAAACUCUGGAUAAGGGAGAUAACCAUGAACAUUUUAGAAAAGAUGAAUCUAGAGUUGUCUGAGUUGGCAAAGGCUCAAGUCCCAGAGGGUGAACAGGUGCAAGAAAUGGAUAACCCAGAGCUGGGACACACUGGAGAGGACUUGGAGGUAGAAAAGCCAGGUAAAAUGGUUGGAUAUAGAAACACGAUGGAGAAACUUUCUUUAAUCUGGAAAGAUACAUUUUGGCCAGGAAGCAGUGACAAUUUCCAUGAUGAUGUCACUUGGAGAAGCCAAAUGUUCAUACCGUUCUUGAGUUCCAAAACACCCACACAGCCAUCACCAUAUACAGUGGUUUUGCAUGGUCCUGCAGGUGUUGGGAAAACUACAGUGGCCAAAAAGUGUAUGCUGGACUGGGCAAAGAACUACAGUCCGACAGUCAAGUACGCUUUCUAUCUCAGCUGCAAGGAGCUCAAUCACGUGGGGGCGUGUACAUUUGCAGAGCUGGUCUCCAAAGAUUGGCCAGAACUGAAGGAUGACAUUAAAGAGGUACUUCUAGCCCAGGCACAGAAAAUUCUGUUCAUUGUUGAUGGUUUUGAUGAGCUGAGAGCCCCUCCUGGGGCACUCAUCAGUGAUAUAUGUGGUGACUUGGAGGCAACUAAGCCUGUGCCUGUCCUCUUGAGUAGUUUGCUGAUAAGAAAAAUGGUACCCAGGGCCACUUUACUGAUCACUACACGACCCCGGGCCCUGAGAGAGCUCCGGCUCUUGGUCGAACAGCCCCUCUUCCUAGAAAUCGAGGGCUUGUUGGAGCUGGACAGGAAGGCAUAUUUCUUGAAACACUUUGGAGAUGAGGAUCGAGCACUGAGAGCUUUCGGCUUGAUGAGGAACAACGCAGCCUUGUUCCACCUGGGCUCGGCCCCCGCGGUGUGCUGGAUCGUCUGCACUUGUCUGAAGCAGCAGAUGGAGAAGGGGGAAGACCCCAGCCUGACCUGCCAGACCACCACGUCGCUGUUCCUGCGUUUUCUCUGCAGCCAGUUCAUGCCGGCACCUGGCAGCUGCCCGGGUCAGUCCCUCCGAGGCCCGCUGAAGGCUCUGUGUCUCCUGGCUGCCGAGGGCACGUGGACACAGACGUCCGUGUUUGACGGAGAAGACCUCGAGAGGCUUGGGGUAAAGGAGUCUGACCUCUGUCCUUUCCUGGACAAGAACGUCCUCCAGAAGGACAGAGACUGUGAGGGCUGCUACUCCUUCCUCCACCUCAGUGUCCAGCAGUUUUUUGCAGCUAUGUUUUAUGUCCUGGAGAACGAGGAGGAAGACGGGGAUAGCCGUAGGUGGGACAUUGGAGAUGUGCAGAAGCUGUUCUCCAAGGAAGAAAGAUUAAGCAACCCCAACCUGACCCAAGUGGGAUACUUCUUCUUUGGUCUCUUGAAUGAAAAGAGAGCCAAGGAGCUGGAGACAACUUUUGGUUGCCGAAUAUCAAUGGAGAUCAAACAGGAGUUACUGAAAUGCAAAGCAACCUCCAAUGAGGAGAAACCCGUCGUCUCACUGAUGGACACGGAGGAGGUUCUGUACUGUCUCUAUGAAUCUCAGGACGAAGAGCUGGUGAAGGGUGCAAUGGCCCACUUCAGGGAAAUGUCUCUGCACUUGGAAAAUAAGACAGACGUCAUCCACUCUUCGUUCUGCCUCAAGCAUUGCCAGAACUUGCGGGAACUUACACUGCAGGUAGCCAAGGGGAUAUUCUUGGAGAAUGAUACCUCAGAAUCAGCACCUCAGUUUGAGAGAUCAACCCUCUUAACCAUACUGUGGUCUCAAGCCGACUACUAUAUUCUUCACCACUGGAGAAAUCUGUGCUCUGUGGUCAGCUCAAACAGGACUCUGAGCUUUCUGGAUGUGAGUCAAAGCUUUCUGAGUGACUCCACAGUGAGGAUUCUUUGUGAUUAUAUAACCCGUGUCACCUGUCAUCUGCAGAAAGUGGUGAUUAGAAAUGUCUUCCCUACAGAUGCUUAUCGAGAUUUCUGUCUGGCUUUCAUUGGUAAGAAGACCUUGACUCACCUGACAAUAGAGGGCUGUGUCCAGUGGGAUGAGAUGAUGUUGGCAAUGUUGUGUGAGACCCUCAAACACCCAAGAUGCAACCUACAGUAUCUGAGGUUGGGAUCUAGUUCUGCCACCUCUCAGCAAUGGGCUGAUUUCUCCUUGGCCUUCAAAAUCAACCAGUCCCUGAUGUACCUGGACCUCUCAGACAGUGAGCUCCUGGAUGAGGGUGCCAAGGUGCUGUGUGCGACUUUGAGACAUCCAAAAUGUUCUCUGCAGAGGUUAUCGUUGGAAAAUUGUCAUCUUACAAAAGCCUCUUGCAAGGACUUUGCUUCUGUUUUGAUGGUCAACCAGAGGCUGACAUACCUGUGCUUGGCCAAGAAUGACCUCGGGGACGGUGGGGUCAAACUUCUGGGUGAGGGCUUAAGUUGCCCUGAAUGUAAACUACAGACCCUUAUGCUAUCGAACUGCAACAUAACCAAACGGGGCUGUGAACAUAUCUUAAAGAUACUCCAAGAAGACUCCAGCCUAACAAACUUGGACCUGAGUCUCAAUCCCAUCGCUGCUGGAGUGUCAUUUCUCUGUGAGGCUUUAAAGGAUCCAAAUUGUAACCUAAGAUGCCUAGGGCUCUGGGGCUGCUCCAUCACUCCUCUCUGUUGUGAGGACCUUGCAUCUGCUCUCCUCAGCAAUGAGAAGCUGGAAACUCUGGACCUGUUCCAGAAUAACUUGGGGCACAGUGGAGUAACGUUGCUCUUUGAGGCUUUAAAACAAAAGAAUGGACCCCUGAAGACACUUAGGUUGAAGGCAGAUGAAUAUAAUAUGAAAAUACAGAAGCUGUUGAAGGAAGUGAAAGAAAGCAAUCCCAGACUGACAAUUGCAUCUCAGUAUUUCUUGACCUACUUUAAAGCUGCCUGA